GAGGAAAAUACAUUGGAGUUUGAAGCAGAACGUCUCUUCUGGAUAAUUUCCACUUUCCUGCAGUCAUGGUAUCCGGCUUAUAAAUUUGGGAGCAGGAAGAGAAGCGAGACAAGGAAGAAGAGGCGAGCUGAGGUGGGAAUGGAUGCGACCAUGGCCUGCUGUUCGUAGAGAGGCUACUCAGUGGAAUAGACAGAUUAAAAAGGCAACCAGGAUGAAACUGUGGGGGAGGUCAGCUUGGCCUUUGCAGGUGGCCUACCUUGUUGCCUUGGCGAUGCUCUGCGUUGACCCUGUGGCUGCUGGCAACCGCAACCAUCGGGGAUCGACAGUCUCCUACCAGGUGAAGCAGGGAACAUGUGAGGUCGUGGCUGUCCAUCGCUGCUGUAAUAAGAAUAAGAUUGAGGAGCGUUCCCAAACUGUCAAGUGUUCCUGUUUCCCCGGGCAAGUUGCUGGCACCACCAGAGUCAGACCCUCAUGUGUGGAAGCCUCCAUUGUAGCCCAGAAAUGGUGGUGCCAGAUGCAGCCAUGCAUGGACGGAGAAGAAUGUAAGGUCUUACCUGACUUGACCGGCUGGUCCUGCAGUACUGGCAAUAAAGUCAAAACCACUAAGGUCACACGAUAACAAGAGAGCCACUGGAGCAAGAGGAAACGUGCAAUUCUCCAUGUGGAAAGAGUGGAUGACUCAUACGAAUUUACUAAAAAAAUGGGGAAAAUAUGAUGUCACCAUAUCCAUCACAAAAGAAGACAGUAAAUGUAACUACUACAAUGCCAUCCAUACCUGUGGCCAUGAGGAGACUACAACAAUGGUUGCCCGGCGUGCACAAGAACAAGAAAUGACUCUUAUUUUCAACCAUUGGAGUUGUGGAUGAAGGAAAUCAAUUGAGAACACUGACUAAGCAUUUCAAAGUGUGUCUUUCAACAAAGCAUUUGUGGAGAUGCGAACACACCAAGCUGUGUGUAGUGCACCACUGGACAUAAUGCAGGCCUUUUGUCAACGUGUAGAGCUUAUAUACUGGAGCAAAGAGAUAGCAGCUCAUAACUAGCCAAUUAGAAUCAAAUUGCUCUUGUGGGUCAAGUCACCACCAUAAAGACUGUUUUGUGUGAGCCAAUUUGCAGUUCCAAUUAGGGAUUGCAGUGUAGGAACAUAAGAACAUAUUAAAAAUUCGUGUAUGAUAUUUGCAUUAGUUGAAACCUUUGGGUAAUGUUUUGUUUUCCCAGCGUCACCUGUAUCAUUCUGUGGAGGCCAUGCAGAAGUUUAAAAUCUUGUGGAACAUCUGACAUUUGAAGUAGGCAACUAUAUGGGUGUACUGUAUACAUCCUGCCCCAUAACAUCUGAGAGGUUGUAAAUGACUCUAGUAUA